UGACAGUUGCUGUCAUUCAUUGAAUCGGGCGGCGGGUGAGUGACCGGUCGCAAUCGCGUUGUUUUCUAAAUACUAAUAAAAAAGUUCAUAAAAAUUCGCAAAAUGAAGGGCGAUAAGAACGUAGACAUCCAAGCUUUGAAAGACAUCGCAAACAAGCUGAGGAUCGACAGCAUCGUUGCAACAAAUGCGUCGAAAUCCGGUCACCCCACAUCAUGCGCGUCGAUGGCGGAGAUUAUGUCGGUGCUGUUCUUCCACACCAUGAGAUACAAGGUGUCGGCACCCAGAGACGCGUCCGCGGACAGAUUCAUCUUGUCCAAGGGUCACGCCGCCCCUAUCCUAUACGCGGCUUGGGCUGAAGCCGGUCUGUUCCCGGUCGAUGAGCUGAAGAACCUCCGUAAACUGGACUCAGACCUUGAAGGACACCCCACACCUAGACUGAGCUUCGUGGAUGUGGGCACAGGCUCGCUGGGCCAGGGACUGGCCGUCGCGGCCGGUAUGGCGUACGUGGGGAAAUACUUCGACCAGGCGCCUUACAGGGUGUACUGCUUGGUCGGAGACGGUGAAGCCGCCGAAGGUAGCAUCUGGGAGUCGCUGCACUUCGCCAGCCACUACAAACUAGACAACCUGGUGGUCAUCUUCGACGUCAACCGUCUUGGACAGUCCGAGCCUACCUCCUUGCAACACAAGCUGGAAGUCUACGACGCGCGUCUCAAAGCCUUCGGUCUCCACAGCCUCGUGGUAGACGGUCACGAUGUGUCCGAGCUCGUCAAAGCAUUCGACGAGGCUGCCUCCACCAGCGGCAAGCCUACCGCGCUGGUAGCUAAGACCUUCAAGGGUAGAGGCUUCCCGGGGAUUGAGGAUCUAGAAAACUGGCACGGAAAGGCCUUGGGUGCUGAGGGAGAGAAGAUUAUCAAGCACCUGCAAAGCCAGAUCAAGAACAACACCGUGAGCCUCAAGCCAAAACCACCUCUAGCCGAGGCCCCUAAGGUCCACAUUGGAGACAUCACUCUCUCAUCCCCGCCCGCUUACAAGGCUGGUGAACAGAUCGCCACUCGCCUGGCGUAUGGCGUCGCUUUGAAGAAGAUUUCUGACACCAACAUGCGCGUGAUUGCUUUGGACGGUGACACCAAGAACUCCACCUUCAGUGACAAGCUGCGCAACGCAUACCCUGAGAGGUACAUCGAGUGCUUCAUUGCUGAACAGAACUUGGUUGGUGUGGCGACAGGCGCCGCGUGCCGUGACCGUGCUGUCGUCUUUGCAUCUACUUUCGCUGCCUUCUUCACCAGAACCUUUGACCAGAUUCGUAUGGGCGCCAUCAGUCAGUCCAACAUCAACCUGGCUGGUUCCCACUGUGGUGUGAGCAUCGGAGAAGACGGCCCCUCCCAGAUGGGACUCGAGGACUUGGCUCUCUUCCGCGCUGUGCCCACCGCCACUGUGUUCUAUCCCUCUGACGGUGUGUCGACCGAGCGUGCCGUAGAACUGGCAGCCAACACUAAGGGCAUCUGCUACAUCAGGACUUCCCGCCCCAACACAGACAUUCUGUACGCCAACGAUGAGGUGUUCAAGGUCGGCCAAGCCAAAAUCGUCCGUGAGUCCGCCAAGGACAAGGUUCUGUUGAUCGGCGCCGGCGUCACUCUGCACGAGGCUGUCACCGCCGCCAACAAGCUGAAGGAAGAAGGCGUGGACGCGCGAGUCUUGGACCCGUUCACAAUCAAGCCCCUGGACGAGGCCGCCGUAAUUAAGCACGCACGUGCUGCUGGUGGCAGGAUCGUCGUGGUUGAGGACCACUACCAAGCCGGUGGACUCGGCGAGGCGGUUCUCUCAGCUGUAGCCUUAGAACGCGAUAUCGUGGUCAAGCAUGUCUACGUGCGUGAAGUCCCGCGCUCAGGCCCGCCUACAGCGUUGCUCGACAAAUACGGCAUCUCGGCUCCCCACGUGGUCGCCGCCGCCAAAGCCGUCCUUAAGGCGUAGGCCGAAGGCGCAAAACGGUUUGUCAGUUACUGUUCUUAUGUAGAUAGUCUUCCGUGUGUGAUGAGCGUACGAGACGGCAUUUGUUUUUUGUUCCAAUAGUUUUGAAAAGUGGGCGUGGCUAAAACUUCAACACCAACGCGUGCUUAUCGCCAUUGCCGGCGCGAUCAAAGGCCAAUGACAGAUCGCGCGACACAUGACAGUUCACGCGACCUAUCCCUAUAAUUUCCCUAUGAUCGCACGAUCGAUUGGUUUAACUUUCUUUUGUUUUUAUUAAAAAUGAAUAGAAAUGCUACGUCUACUUACAUGUUACUUGUGAGUGGAAGUGCCGUAAUACAGGGUGUGCGAAGGCUAAAAUGGUGUUUAGCGAUUUUACGCUUACGGCAUAAAAUUGUAACAGAAAUGUGAUAUAUCUUUGCGCAAAUUUAGAUUGUUAUAAAAUGAUCUGGGUGUAUUGUGAUAAAUUCGAUAAGAACAGUAACUAUUUAAAAAAAACAUUCCCGUGUCACAGAUUCCAUAAGAAUUGCCUCCUAAAAUUGGAAAAUAAAUGUAAACCGGUUUUAACUAUUUUUAACCGGUUUUUAAGUACACUGCGUAGUUCCUAACGCUACACUAGAUGUAAGAAUCGAUGAUCAUGGUUGUAUGUUAUAUUAUAGAUUUUUAUAUCUUUUAUAUGUUACUAUAUUAUAUGUGUAAUAUCGUAUAUAACGUUUAUAAGUGCCUUUAUAUUGAAAGACGCACAAGGUAUAUAGACUGUUGAAAGGUAUAUAGGUUUUGGAAAGAUUUUGAAGGGUUAGGUGAUAAGUGUAACUACCCGCAUUUUUGCCUGUUUCGUAUAUGUUAGCCAGGAUAUGGCUAUAUCUAUUUUGGGACCAUUGUUGCUUGAUAUUUUUAUAUUCCUUGUUACAUCCUUUUUUGUAGAUGAUUUAACUGUGUGAUUUCUUUGAAAGAAAUAAUCCUGAUUAAAAUUAUUAUUGUUAUGUCAUCGAAUUGGAGGCUAAAAUCUUUGUUUAAUCGUAGACUUCCUUCGUUGAUAAAUCACAAAACGUUUAGAUUUGGUUAAAGUUUAUUUCUGGGACGUUUACAUUCCUUUUUU